AUGGAUGAGGAUGAAGUGGUGCUUUUGGGGUUCUGGACUAGUCCUUAUGUCAUGAGAGUGAAAAUUGCUUUGGCAGAGAAGGGAGUCCACUACUACUAUAUGGAAGAAGGAGAUCUUUUCAAGAAUAAGAGCACUUUGCUUCUGAAAAUGAACCCAGUUUUUAAGAAAGUUCCAGUUAUCAUCCAUAAUGAUAAGUCCAUUUGUGAAUCCCUCAUCAUCCUUCAAUACAUUGAUGAUGUUUGGAAUGACGGAGCUCCAAUACUUUCAGAGGAUCCUUAUCAGCGAGCUAAAGCAAGGUUUUGGAUUGAUUUUUUUGACAAGAAGGUAACAGACUGUGGGAGAAGGAUGUGGGCUAGCAAGGGAGCAGACCAAGAGGCAGCAAAGAAAGAGUUCAUAGAAAGCUUGAAGCUGUUAGAAGGCGAGCUUGGAGAGAAGCCCUACUUUGGAGGUGAUCGCUUCGGCCUCUUGGAUAUUGCCCUGGUACCAUUCUCUUGCAGGUUUUACACAUAUGAGACUCUUUGCAAUUUCAGCGUAGAGAAAGAGUGCCCCAAGCUCAUCGAGUGGGUGAAAAGGUGCAGUCUGAGGGAGAGUGUUUCCAAGAGCCUUCCUGACCAAUAUAAAGUCUAUGACUUUGUGUUGGAAUUCAAGAAAAUGCUUGGAAUUAAUUAGUAACAAAAGUUAAAAAAUUGUUU